CUAAUUCGACGCCGGCUAUAACGUAUGUUACACAAGUAACAGCAGCUAGAUUGUAAAUAAAAAAGAAAGAUGGUUGGACUGACAUUUCCAUCAAACCGAACCCUGGGCAACAUGUGUGUCUACGGUGCGGUGGCCUCCAUAUCUGCUGUGAUGUACAUGAAAUGGAAGAUGGAGGAUCGGGUGAAAUCCGCAGAGUACUAUAAGCUGGCCUUGAAGGCACUGCGGAGCCAUCGAGGAGCAGUUGGUCUCCUGGGCGAACCCAUCAAGGACUCAGGCAUUGAUCUGUCCAACGCCAACAACAAUUGCAAUGCGGAGGAGGCGCGUUGUGAGGUGGCUGUGCGGGGCAGCAAGGAUAAAGGAACUUUAUACUUUUGGGCGUCCAAUCAGCCGGAUAGAGGCUGGCUGAUCGACCGACUGGAACUGGAAACAAAACUCAACCCAGAGAAACGAUUUUUGCUCAAAAAAUCCGAGGAACUAACCUUCGAUCUGCCCGAGAGUAUAACCAAACUACCUGCCAAGCAAGUUGACUCCAAUGUUAUUCUAUCCGAAUCCGAUCAGCAACCAGAAACACAUUCAAAGUGACGACAAUCCGAAUGUCCGAUUCAAUUAGUUUAUUCUCUUUAAAUUUGACUAAUUCAAGCAAUCUUAAAUGUUUUAUAGUUAUGUUAUUUUAAUUACAAAUUUAUUGUUUUUAUAAAAUCAAAGUCUUUAGUUAUUGUUUGUCAAUGGAGAGCUGGCAAAAAUGAUCAGUGGAUUAGCAUAGUUAAUAUUCAUGCUCAUACUAGGUGGUGGUUGGUUGGUGAACAAUCGGGAAAGCGGAAAACUUGAAUGAGUGCUCCUAAUGAUACCACUUAAAAUAGUCGAGAGUCGGCUGGUUGAUCUUCAGAGAAACGAAGAAUUGACUGGCUCAUCGAGAGCGCAGAUCUCGAGCUUGAUUCGUUUAAAAUUAGAAUAAUACAUAGGUCAGAGGACAUGAUAAAAUCCGCGUUUAAUGCUCUUCUUAAACGAUAAAGGCGACAAUUGGUGGCGAUCGUGACGCAGACGAGGCGGCAGUGCAUCGUUCACCGUCAGGCUAAAGUCAUCCAAAUCCUUGCAAUCAAAUCGUUUCCGAUCGUACUCGAUAUAUGUAGUUAUGUAUACGCACUUUCGUCGUUGUAUAACACAGUAUAAAUACAGGCCGUAUAUAUAUAUAAGUAGGUAUAUGUUCGUAUGUAUAUAGCCAAUUACAGACAUUUCCUUUUUCCGCAGGCACCUGCACCUGCCCGCCCUCGUAUCUCGUAUUCCUGCU